ACCAGUCUCCAUUCUUCCUUAUGUUUGGUCGUGAACCUCGUCUGCCUGUAGAUCUUGCUUUUGGGAUCGAGACCAACAAGAAUCAUCAGUCUCUGACAGCUUAUGCAAAGUCUCUGAAAAAGAAGCUCCAAGAAGCCUAUGACCUGGCGUCAAAGGCAUCAAAGACUGCCCAAGUCAAACAGAAAGCCAGCUACGACUUGAAGACUAGAGGGGCCACUGUACAGACAGGUGAUCGAGUUCUGGUGAAAGCCUUAGCCUUUGAUGGUAAGCACAAGUUGGCAGAUCGCUGGGAGGAAGAUCCUUAUGUUGUUCUCUUGCAACCAAACCAGGAUAUCCCUGUGUUUGUAGUGCAGAAAGAAUCUGGUGAAGGGAGGAAGAGGACGUUGCACAGAAACCAUCUCCUGCCCAUUGGAUCAGUACCAGCGAUCAUGGAUAACAGAGUACCAGCAGCCAAGAAGCCAACUCCAAGACCAAGAAAGACAGUGAAGAAGACUAUAGAAGAGGAUAUCCAGGAGGAUAAAGAGUCUGACUAUGAUGCUCCAUUCUAUUUUCCAGCAGUUGCUGAGGAUGCUACCAUCAUCAGUGAAGACACUGUGGAAGAGAGUGCGGCUACUUCAGAGACAACAGGUGACGAUCUACAGUCUCUUGGAGUAGCAGGUGAUGCUUCUGGUGGUGACGACCACAUACCUGAAGAAGACAGCAGCACAGAAGCAGAUCCUGAAGCAGUGCAACCACCAGAAAACACUGAAGAGGAGCCGGAAGACUCAGUCAGAGAAGAGCUACCUCCUCCUGUACCACCUGAUACUAAUCCCCAACCCAUACCUGCACCAAGAAGAACUGGUAGACUAACAAGGAAGCCUGCCUGGCAAACCUCCGGAGAUUAUGUGAUGUGCCAGACUUCUCACCCAGAUUGGCAGCAGAGGAGUCGACGCCUGGAACAACUGGCAGCGACCGGCAUUUUAGGACACAUCAGCACCAGCAUCUCCAAGGCAUUGCUUUCCCUUGUUGACGAAGAACCGGAAUGACGAGGACGCCAUUAUUCAAGGGAGAGAAGUAUGUGACAGGAUCCGAUAAUUGUAUAUAUUUUCAGAGUUUUAUCAGUUUAGAUUUUUACUGAAUUAAAUAUUCAGUCAAAUAUGUUUUAAACAUUAUAUACUUCACACUUCAGCUCUCCUAAUUCUCUGUUUCAGCUUACUGCAUGAGUACUUUGCCAUAGCCUCAAUCACCUAGUGCACUAUCACACAAUAGCCUGCCCAAGCGCGCCCCUCAAAGCCCCUUUGUGUUUCAGGUUCUAGCUUACUGUCUCCAGUUUUAAAGGGUUUAGUUUUACUACAGUUUAGAGCACAUUUGAUGUUACUGUCAAACACACGUAUAUCAUUGGAAUUCACAAUUUGGACAAUUUGGACUAAUUGUGGUGUUUGAUCUAUUGGACAUUUUGGAAUUCACUUCUAAAGGUUGGUCUUUUGAUGAUAUUUUAUUGUUUGUGCGUAUUCCUAGGAUUUGUAGGUAUAUUGUGUUUAUGCUCUUGAUAAUUUGGCUGUUUUGGUCAUGUUGUAAAUAUUCGCCAGAUCAUAGUAAUUAGUUGUAUUUCUGUAUGCAUUACAAGUGUUAUUAUUUACGUAAGGUAAAUAAUUCAGUAAGUGCUAAGUUUAUGCUUAAAAUACUAUUUAACUAAAUCUUCAAUCACUGUGAAGCUGAUGUAUGAAAGUAUGAAGUAUGAAAGUAAGAAUGUGAAACAUAUAUGUUGCUAGGUAACAUAUUGGUAUAAAUGAAUGUGUAAUGUAUGAAUGUAUAAUGUAUGAAUGAAUCAGGGUUUUACUAUUAUAUUUUAGAAUUGUUUUAAGUUACUCUGCAAUAACACUAUGUUUCGGUUUGUAGUAAUAUUGCUGCUAUCAGAUUGGUCUGCACAGUGUGUAUAUAUAUUCAUUUAUUUGUCGUGCAGAUGUAGCUGUAAUACUUGUGCAGAGGUCUGUGUCUGGACUGAUGAACCCAGGUCCACACACUUGGGUUCAAAACAUUUAUCAGUAAUAAACUUGGCUAUAAUUCGAACAACACCUGCGUCUGUCCUUCAUGUCAAGAAGCAGUCCCGGUUUCAAUGGAGCCCCCAGUGAGGACUUUAGCCUAGAAAAGACACAGACAGCUACCUAUUGACUUCAUCGUCCCUUGUCCACUACAUGUGCUAUGACGUCAUUCUGGGAAACAUCGUAACAUGCCGUUACACGCGUGUGAGACAUUUUUUGUGAUUUUGAAUUAUAUAGACUCAAUAUCAACAGCUUAUAAUGU